AAUUGCCGAGUCAUCUGUCCUGCCCGGACUGCUGGAAGCGGCCGCAACGCCAUGUUGGCGAAGUCUCUCAUCUCUCAGAGAAAAAAAUGAUUCAAAACAUACUUGUCGAGAAAAAGGGAUAGAACGCCGAGGGAGGCUGAAGAUCGCGGUGAUUAUUUCUUUUCAAAGACACGAACCGAGCCGGAUCCGCUUUGGUUCCGGACGGGCGAGGGAGGCUAAACCUCCCACCGUCCCCAUGAAUAGCACCGCUGAUCCGAACAGCGACUUUCCAUGAAAAAAAAGACGUUUGUGUUGCUAUUCGAGCUUCGCUAUCCCAAUACGUUAAAGGGAUUUGGGGCCUGCUUCAAGAAUCUGCUACGCUUGCUCUAUGUAUGCAAGCUAAACGCCGUUCGUAUCAGUAUUUAGUCAGGCAUUGUUUUAUUUGUUCAUUUUUUUGCGAUGAGUUUGCCACCGAAAGUGGUCCCCAAACCCGCCGCUGUCGCAGUUAGCGGACCUGGAAGUGGCCCCUCUCCGUCGAGCCAACUGCGGGCUACCCUGACCUCCGUGUCGCUGCCGCCGGGAGCCCCAACAGCUCCGCAGCCCGGCGCGGUACCGCCGCCUCAAAUUCCACGGGUACAGGCAUCACUUGACGAACGAAUCUUCCCCACACAGCCUGGAGUUACUGCAGUCUACAGCGUAUCCAGGCACGGUGGCCCUCCCUAUACUGCUCACGACAUAACAAAGGGACACCCUAACCUGGCGGGCACCCCGCCUGGUCAUGCCCACUCCCCAGCGCUCUCUCAGGUAUCAGUACCCACAGCUUCCCAGUAUCGCUACGCUAAGGGCUGGGAGGCAGGCGGAGGGUCUCCUUACAACCCUGGGCAAAAUGCUGGCUCUGCCCCUCUAGUGUAUUCUCCCCAGACACAGCCAAUGAAUGCUCAGCCUCAGAGUCGCCCGUUUGCUACGGGCCCUCGACCAACCCACCAUCAGGGAGGAUUCAGACCCAUCCAGUUUUUCCCGAGGACUCAGAUGCAAACUGCGAGGCCCUCCAUCCCCACGAACACACCAUCCAUCCGGCCUGGUUCACAGGCUCCUACAGCAGCUGUCUACCCCACUAAUCAACCCAUCAUGAUGACUAUGGCGCCCAUGCCUUUCCCCUCACCACAGGCUGCACAGUACUACAUCCCACAGUAUCGUCACAGUACUCCCUACGUGGGGCCUCCUCAGCAGUAUUCUGUACAGCCCCCAGGGUCUGGCACCUUCUAUCCUGGUCCAGGGCCAGGGGAGUACGCUGCCCCAUAUCAUCCCCUCAGGUACCACCCACCUGUCUCACCCUCUGUCCCUGCUCCCGUUCCCACAGCUGGCCCACCCUACUACACAGGACAGACUGUGUUUCCCCACUCACCCCCCAUCAUAGUGCCUACACCGCAGCAACCUCCACCAGCCAAGCGUGAGAAGAAACCAUUCUCCCAGAUCCGUAUCCGUGACCCCAAUCAGGGUGGCAGGGACAUCACAGAGGAAAUUAUGGCAGGGGGUUCAGGGAGCAGGAAUUCAACACCCCCUGUCGGUCCCCCCUCGACCACCCCCACCCCACCACAGUUUUUAUGGCCGCACCCUCAUUAUCCUCACAUUUUCUACCUCAAAUCACAGCAGCAGCUGAACAGCAGCCAGACUCCAGAGCAGCAGCAGUCUCAACCUCCUCAGCCACAGCAGACCCAUCCUGGAGGUUACACCUUGGAGCCUUCACAGCCCCAACAGCCACAGCAGCCAAUAACGACAGGGGCCUCAGACACCAAACCAGGGCCAGAUGAAACGACAAAAACGGAGUCGGAACAGAAGUCUUCCUCACCUGGGCUUGCGCAGCCUCAAGGCCCUCUGCAGGGAGUGGAGGCCGUUGCUCCUGUAACUCAGCCCUCUCCUACUGUUGAAACAGAGCCUUCCUUCCACACAUCACGAAGUCCCCCUGUUGCUGUCCCACUGUCAGCGGCCAAUGCCAGUGAACAUCCCUCCAUCAGGGAGACUGCUGCUUCAGUGUCUUCUCCCUCUUCAACUGCAGAGCCCAAAUCCCCUCUGGCAUCACCUCAGACUGUCAAUACAGACAAGCCUCUUGCAGAUGUCCCCAGAACUCUGUCUGCCUCGCCCUCAUCAGUCACAAAGGCACUGAAUGGCCUUGCAGACUCCAGGUCUGAGCCAGACACUGCAGCUCAUGAGCCUGCUCUUUUGCCCACUUCUGCACUCCAGCUCCAGACUUCUGCUCUUGCUUGCAGAGAGACCGCCUGCUCUGAAAUGUUACACUCUGAUGUGAGGACAGAUGUUCCCAUUGCUGCUUCGCUCGCCCCUUUGACGCCUGUGGCUGUGGUGCCAGUCACCUUGAACUCAAGUCCUGCCCCAACUUUGCCAGUUAUGCUCCCACCUGGCCUUCCGCCUCUAGUGCAGGCCACAGCAGAGGCAGAUGAGCUGAGCAAAUCCUUAGACACUAAAGACCUUGUCUCCAGUGUAGGAAUAGAGGCAUAUGGUGGCAUUACUGACAGUAAUAUGGAGUCCCAGCAUGCACCAACCAGGAAGAGUCCCACUACAGUGAAUCAGAUGGCUUCUGCUAUACCAAAGACCUGGAUAAAACCAAAUGAUGGCAUCUCUGCUGGAGAGGUACCUCAAACGGAGCUUGAGGAUGAACCAAGGCUAAUAGAUCAACCUGCUGGGGACGAGGCCCUAAGAUCAGUCCCUCUGAGCAUCAGCCCCGUGCCCCUACAAUCAGUCUACACUUCCACCAUCGCUCCAGCUCCUGCCAGCAUCCCAGAGGCUGAUGAGAAGCCCAAUACUCCAGAGGAGAAUGGUGAUGCUGAGUUGGAGCCCAUGAGAAACGGGGCAGGACACACGUCAGAGACAGAGAGUAGUGACAGUGGCGUCACCCCCAGAGACAAGGACAACUCAACAGGAGCUUCACAGUAUGUUGAAGACCUGGCUGAGCAAAGUGGGAAACGUCAGUAUGGCAGAGACUUUCUUCUGGGUUUCCAGUUCAUGCCUGCCUGCAUCCAGAAGCCUGAAGGCCUCCCACCGAUCAGCGACGUGGUGUUGGACAAAAUGAACCAAAACAAGUUGCCAUCACGGACUGUGGACUCCAGGGUGAUUUCCAGGGGACCCGAUUUCACACCUGCCUUUGCAGAUUUCGGCAGACAGAUGACCGGAGGCCGAGGCGCUGCACUUAUGAACAUUGGGGCACGGCGACCCCCUCCCAGGAAGAUCAUCAUGAAUGUGUCUGUAAAUGACGAUGUUCAGCUAAAAAAAUCAGAAAACGCCUGGAAACCCGGACUGAAGCGGGAGGGCCCCGUGGACGACCCUGAGACACUGAAAACACAGGAGCUGUUCAGGAAGGUCCGCAGCAUUCUCAACAAGCUGACGCCUCAGAAGUUCAACCAGCUGAUGAAGCAGGUUACAGACCUGACCAUCGACACAGAGGAGAGGCUCAAAGGGGUCAUCGACUUGGUCUUUGAGAAAGCCAUUGACGAGCCCAGCUUCUCGGUGGCCUAUGGACACAUGUGUCGCUGCCUUGCCACGCUCAAAGUGCCCAUGGCUGACAAACCCAACACCUAUGUGAACUUUCGCAAGCUGCUGUUAAACCGCUGCCAGAAAGAGUUUGAGAAAGACAAAGUGGAUGAUGUGGUGUUUGAGAGGAAGCAGAAAGAGCUGGACUCUGCUGCAUCGACGACGGAGCGUGAGCGUCUUCAGGAGGAGCUGGAGGAAGCAAAGGACAAGUCUCGUCGACGUUCCAUCGGCAACAUCAAGUUCAUCGGAGAGCUUUUCAAGCUCAAGAUGUUAACAGAGGCCAUCAUGCACGACUGCGUGGUGAAGCUGCUGAAGAACCACGACGAGGAGUCCUUGGAGUGUCUGUGCAGACUGCUCACCACCAUUGGCAAGGACUUGGACUUUGAGAAGGCAAAGCCUCGAAUGGAUCAGUAUUUCAAUCAGAUGGAAAAAAUUGUUAAGGAGAGGAAGACGUCAUCUCGGAUACGGUUCAUGCUACAAGAUGUUAUAGACCUGAGACUGCAUAACUGGGUCUCCAGGAGAGCAGACCAGGGGCCGAAAACCAUAGAGCAGAUCCACAAGGAGGCGAAGAUUGAAGAGCAAGAAGAGCAGAGGAAAGUGCAUCAGCAGCUGCUCUCCAAGGACAGCAAGAGACGACCAGAUCCAAGAGAUCAGCGAAUGCAGAGAGAGGAGACCUGGAACACUGUGCCCAUGACAAAGAACAGCAGGACCAUUGACCCCACAAAGAUCCCAAAGAUCUCCAAGCCUCAGAUGGAUGAGAAGAUCCAAUUGGGCCCACGGGCUCAGGUCACGUGGGUAAAAGGAAGCAGUGGAGGAGCCAAGGCCAGUGAUGCAGAACUAUCACGGACAGCUGGCCUCAACCGCUACUCUGCACUGCAGACCAUGCCAUCACCUCAGCCCUCCAGCACACCUACACAAAACCAGGACUUCGACUCCAGGAGAACUCUGGCAGGCCGUAGCAGUGCAGGCAGAGAGCGCAGUGAGAAGCCGCUGAUCUCUUCCCCUCCAUCGUCACGGCCAGGGCCGUUCAUCAGAAGAGGCAGUUCAAAGGAGCUGCUGGAGAGUCAAACACCUGAGGAGCCUCGACGAGAGCGGGAGCGCGAGGGAGCCGAGCCUCGGAGACCAAGUGUUACAGAGGACAAAACAGAGCCUGAGCGCAGCAGAGUCAAGGAACCUGUGAAACCAGAGCCUGUAGUCCAGAUCUUAGACAAACCUACCUUGUCUGAGGAGGAGAUUGAGAGGAAGUCCAAGUCCAUCAUCAAUGAGUUCCUGCACAUAAAUGAUUACAAGGAGGCUGUCCAGUGUGUGGACGAGCUCGAGUUGGGCUCUCAGCUCCACAUAUUUGUGCGUGUUGGAGUGGAGUCCACCCUGGAGCGCAGUCAAAUAACACGGGACCACAUGGGCCAACUCUUCUUCCAGCUGGUGCAGCAGGGCAUCAUUCCCAAAUCCCAGUUUUACAAAGGGUUUGCAGACACGCUGGAGCAAGCGGACGACAUGGCCAUCGACAUUCCCCACAUCUGGCUGUACUUGGCAGAGCUGCUAAGUCCUGUGCUGAGGGAUGGGGGCUUCUCUAUGAGAGAGCUCUUUAGUGAAUUAAGCAAACCUUUGCUUCCUGUUGGAAGAGCUGGGAUCUUAAUUUCUGAAAUAAUGCACAUACUAUGCAAACAAAUGAGCCAUAGAACUGUAGGUUCUUUGUGGAAGGAAUCUGGCCUCAACUGGACCGACUUUCUGCCAGAGGGAGAGGACGUUCAGGCUUUCAUUUCACAACAGAAACUCCAGUUUGUUCUGUUGGACGGCUCCAACCCUGAGGCGGCAGUGUCUAAAAGGAUCUUGUCUCCUGAGGAGCUGAGCCAACAGCUGGAUAAACUCCUCCUGGAGGACAUGGCCACUGAUGAGCAGAUCUUCAACUGGGUAGAAGCAAACCUGGAUGAAUCUCAGAUGAGCUCGUCUCCCUUCCUGAGGGCUUUGAUGACAGCUGUGUGUAAGGCCGCAGUAAAAGAUGAUAACACCAACUGUAGAGUGGACACGGCCAUCAUCCAGAGGAGAUUGCCUGUAUUACUCAAGUACCUUAACUCAGACACUGAGCGACAGCUGCAAGCACUUUAUGCACUUCAGGCGCUGAUCGUCGCCCUUGAUCAGCCUCCAAACCUUCUCCGGAUGUUCUUUGACUGUCUAUAUGAUGAGGACGUAAUAUCCGAAGACGCCUUCUACAAGUGGGAGACGAGCAAAGACCCUGCGGAGCAGCAGGGUAAGGGUGUGGCUCUGAAGUCUGUAACGGCCUUCUUCACUUGGCUGCGGGAGGCUGAAGAGGAGUCGGAGGACAAUUGACGAGAGAGACCAGUGGACACUGCAUCCUUACAGACAUUCAAAAUGGGUGUGUGGGCAGGACGACGUGUUAACGGCUGGAAUUUUUUUCUGCGGUACAGUUCUGAAACAUGCCGCCAUUUUGAGUUUGGAUUCCAACGGCGGAAGCACUAAAUACCUGUAUUAUACAUAGAAAAUAUUUUUGUUUUAAAUUUUACCUUACUUUUCUUUUGUUACUUUUUAAGAAGAGACUUAAAAAUGCAUAGGUUCUGGACUCUUUAAUUUAUUAUUUUUUUAAGAACUGCAAAUAUGAAAGUUAUUUAACAUUUGCAGAUGCUCACAACAAAACAGAACAGAAAUAACAAUAUAAAUAAUUAUAAUAACAAAAUAUUAAUUGUGAAAUAAGUAGCCUCCCUGGAUUCUAAACUGUUUGGUAUAAAACAGGGUAAAACAAAUUUAUUUUGGGAUGAAAGGGAGGCAGAGAUGAAAAGGAACUGUUAACGUUGUUUGUGUGUGACGUUUGGGGUCAAAGGUUGCCUCCUCAGCCGUGGCUUGCUCUGUGUUGAUAUGUACAUAUGCCUCACGAGAGGCAGUCGUAUAAUAAGAGGCGAUGCAAGUCAGUUCAAAUAACUUUCAUAAAAAUGCAUAUGAACAAACCAGAUAUGUUCAAGUGACAUGAGCAAAAAUGCAAGUUUAAAAAGCAAAUGGCCAGGAUCACCGAACAAUGCUUGUAACACCUACAGGGCAGGUUAAAUGCUUGUAAAUACAUUAAAGACAAAAAGGGUAUUUAAAAAAGGGAAA